ACUUGCCCGGACAUGCUGCUCUCAGACCACUGAUCGAAAGAAACGGAGGGAAAGAGAGAAAGCGGAGAAGCGGCAUUUUGUACGGAACAUUAUCAAACGUUAAAGCUUUGUGGAGCCGGAAACACACUCCUCAUACACUUGAUGACUUCAAGCCUGAGCUUUUGCAGAGGUGUGUCAAUCCUCUAAAUGCAGGGGAUGAUCCUGUGGAUGAAGACGAUACUGAAGGUGCAGUGAGUGAAGACCCUGAAGAUAACCUUGGCGCCCACUCUAUCGGAGGAUUUGUGGAGAGCUUCUCAAGUACACACGUCUGCAGGUUCUGUCUUGGAGAAAGAUCCCAAUUCCAAACGCUCCAAUGUCUCAUCAAACCAAACUUAGGAUCGUUCUUCAGGACCAUGACAUUCGCAAACUUGACUUACCUCAUGGCCUCCCUGGGACUGUGGGUGACCUUGAGUCCAUUGUAAGAGAGACAUUUGGGCUUCAAGGGAAUUUUACUUUGCAUUACAAGGAUGCUGAUUUUGGAGAGGAAUAUUUCAGUCUUACCUCAACAAGUGACAUCAAGGACAAGGACACAAUAAAAGUGGUUAACAUUGUUGAACCUCCCACAUUUACUCUGAACUUAACUGAAGUGAACACUUCCUUUGAAAGUGAAUCAGAAACCUCCAUCUAUAGCUCAGCAACCUCAGUCAGUACUUCAGUGACCGCCGUCGGUCCUCCCCAAAGCAGUUGCUCAUCCGGAUCCCAGGAUACACUGAUUCUAUCAUCACCUGAACAUGGGAUUCAGCGAUCACAGCGGUGGCCGGCUGAAUUUCCUGUACCUCGCUUUGCCUAUGACACAGAGCUUUUGCUUGCCUCAGGAAAUGAAGCUUUCAAGAAGGAUGGAAUUCCACUCAACUUUACCUCAAUCCUUCCAGACAUCCUUGAGAGACUGGCUGAAAGCGUCUUUCAGUAUGUUGCCUACCCAACAAGCGCACAGUUUGUGGAUGUUGCUGAGGCGCUGAUUCAGAAGCAUCCUUGCCUUAAAGAACCAGGGUCAUAUAAUGGAUGCUAUGGAUGGCAACAGAGACUAAAAUAUAAAAUGGGCAACUAUAGAACCAAGUUGAGAGGGCUCGGAUGCCCUGAACUUGAUGUGAACUCUCUCAGAAAGAAGCGACUACAUGAGAAAGCACCUGCAAAGAAUGUCAAAAAGCCAAAAAAGUCAGAAGUGAACUAUUUACCUCCUCACCCACAAGGAGAAACGGAAGAAAGUUUGGAAUAUGGAAGAGUGGAGCUCCUCAGUGAAGUGAGGAAGAGGGACAACUGUCAGAUCAUCAGUGACAAAAUGGCGAAGACAUUCUCCAUUCGCAGGCAGGAAGUUGUCAAUCAAGCACCAAAAAUCAAUGACCUGAAAGAAAGAUGGCCUGCUCUUUUUGAUGCAGUUCAGAUAAACCAAGAAUUCAGAAGGAUCACCACUGUUAACCUGGAGACAACAUUCAUGGCAAAGCUGGACCAGUACUCUCAGAAAAUAAUGUCCUUGCUGUCCUCAAGAGGAGGGGCUGCAAAAAUGCGCAUUCGGCGCAUCCAGAACAUGCUGCUAGAGGACGAUUCUGUGGAGAGAAGGCGAGAGGUCGCUAUCCGUGGCUUAGUGGUGUAUCUCAGGGAAAAGGAGGAGGAUCUCUUCAAAGAGCAGGAUGGUGGCGGCGAUAUUACCAAUGAAGUGAUGAAGAUUGUAACCAGAGGUGCCACAACGUCUGAUCCAGCCAGCGCACGGAUCAUACUUGAAGGAACAGAAGUCCUAGCAGACCUGGAUGUACCCAGAGCCUGUGCCUUGCUAAUGGGGCUGAUAUAUGCACUCAACCUCAGCUACCCAAAAGAACUGAAAAACACUUUUGAAGUGUUUCAAAAGAUAUUCCUCGAGCUGGAUGAUCUGAAAGCCAGUCCUAAGGUAAUGUCACUAAAAAGUAAACUGUUGUACUAAAAAAUGUGAAGAGUGAGGCUAUCCUCAAAUUAAACGGGAAAUGUUCCACUGUUGUUUGCAAUGUGUUGUGUUACAUACUGUACAGUAGGCAGUAGGUGUAAAGUUGAGCGUUGAGCAUUAAGUACACCUAGUUCAAAAUAAUGCACUUUAAAAGGAUUGCUCGGGUCUUUUGAAGUGAGGCUGUAUGAGGUACAUAUGUAUAGUGAGUGU